AUGAAGGUCAAGAUUAAGGAAUGGAAUGCCAUUGCUACCUGGCAUUGGGAUAUGCCAGAGGAUGAGGUGUGCGGUAUUUGUCGCGUCCAGUUUGACGGGACUUGUCCAACCUGCAAAUUCCCCGGGGAUGAUUGCUCGCUGUUGCUUGGGAAAUGUGGGCAUUCGUUUCAUAUGCAUUGUCUUUUGCAAUGGAUUCAACAAGAGACUUCGAAAGGGCUGUGUCCCAUGUGUCGCCAGAAAUUUGAGUGGAAGCAGAGUGAUGAACAAUAG